AUGAUAUGUGCCCGGUCAUGUGCUCACAUGACCGCGUUUUCCUGCCACCAGCGCGUUGACCGACUAAUCUGGACCAGAUAACUUCUCUUGUCUCUCUCCUCGAUACUCUCGAUAUCGUCCAACUUGAAGAUGCCCACAAGACGCGUACCAUCGGCUAGACCUCCCUCUCAACCGGUAUCAGGAGAUGAAGGUGACAUAGACUUCAUGCCCACUCAAGGCGGCAGCAGCGACGACCACGCCAACGAAGCGUUUACUGCCGUCGCGGCGGAAUUCAAAGCUACAUGGGAGAAAAAGUUGAGGGGACGCGACGAUAGAAUCAUACAAACAACGCAGAAGGAACUGAACCUCGCUCUCCAGAACAAGGAAGCCGAAAUCGCUAACAUCAUAAACGAUAUCGAGACCGUUCACCAGGACUUCCUCGAGAAAUACGCGAUUUUAGAAGAUAGGAAGCGGAAAAUCAUGGCUGCGAUGGCUGAGAAGCAAGCAGAGCUCAUAGUUUGUCCUUCAGCGCCAAGAACUCAUCAUUAUAUUGUCUAAACGAGUAACAUCCCUUUACAGCCACUUGCAAUAAAGCGCCACCAAGCAAUCAUCAGUCUUGGACACGAGGUCGAGAAUGGUCCAAUUGGAAGGGAUGGCCCUCGCCAAAGACGCCAGUCAGCGUAUGCUUAUUUUAGUUCUCCUGUCACUCCCCAGUUGAUCUUUGUCUCC